CAGGUGCCGCUCUGCCCCGCCGCUCUCCCCGCGGCCCGGCCCCGCCGGCAGCUCGGCCGUGUGGCAGCCGGCCCGGCGGUGCUCGGGGGGCAGGGCGGGCCGGAAGAGGUGGCCGCAGUCCCCGCCUCUCCCGCGGCUUGCUCGGCGAAGGCCCGGCCGGGAGGAGCCGCUCACCGGCGCCGCGGCCCGCCGGAGCCAUGAGCUCCCACCGCAGCGAGAGCGACUGGCAGGGGCUGCUGAGCGAGUAUCUGGUGUGCAAAAGGAAACUCGAAAGUAAAAAGGAGGCCUUGCUAAUCCUUUCCAAAGAGCUGGACACCUGUCAACAAGAAAGAGACCAAUACAAACUUAUGGCCAACCAGCUGCGGGAACGGCACCAGUCCCUGAAAAAGAAGUAUCGGGAGCUGACUGAUGGGGAUCCAUCGCUUCCACCUGAAAAGAGGAAACAGGCAAAUCUUGCUCAACUAUUGAGUGAGGCUCAAGAUCGAAAUAAACACCUUGGAGAAGAGAUUGGAGAGCUUCAGCAGAGACUGGGAGAAGUGCAAGGGGACAAUAAGCUCCUUCGAAUGACCAUAGCAAAGCAAAGACUGGGAGAUGAUGAAGUUGGGGCUCGCCACUUUGCAGCACAUGAACGAGAGGACCUUGUUCAACAGUUGGAGAAGGCUCGAGAACAGAUUGAGACUCUGAGAUAUGAUCUUCAGGCUGCACUGGAUGAGCUACAGGAUGUGAAAGAGGAGCGCUCUGUUUACCAAGAUAAGUCUGACAGGCUAAACCAAGAGUUGAAUCAUGUCUUAGGAGGGCAUGAAAAUCGUAUCAUUGACAUAGAUGCUCUGUGUAUGGAGAACAGGUAUCUUCAAGAGAGAUUAAAACAACUUCAAGAGGAAGUCAACCUUCUGAAGUCUAGUAUUACUAAAUAUAAGAAUGCACUAGAGAGACGAAAAAAUUCAAAGACUCAUAGUAGAUCCAGUAGCAGUGCUCUGACUGGAGUCCUUUCUGCAAAGCAAGUCCAAGAGUUGUUGUCGGAGGAUCAUGGAUGUAGCCUACCAGCCACACCACAAUCCAUUUCAGAUCUCAAAUCACUGGCCACUGCAUUACUGGAAACCAUCCAUGAAAAAAACAUGGUCAUACAACACCAAAGACAAACCAACAAAAUUCUAGGUAAUCGAGUGGCAGAAUUAGAAAAGAAAUUAAGAACUUUGGAAAUCGCUGGCUUGUGGAGUCUUCCAGGUGGGAAGGAUACGAUAACAUUCAGUGACCCAACCCUGCCCGUGAUCCAGCGCUCCAGGUCACCGCUGUUAGCGUUUGCUGAUAAACCACAGAAACCUGAAGUACAAGCAGAACAGAAGGGAGAAUGUGAUGAAACUUACGCUGUUGCAAGUGAGGCUCCAGAGGGAACAAACGUAAAUAACAGAAUCCAAAAUAAACAUUUUUACCCUUCAUUACCCCAGCUACCUUCUGAGGAAGAAGACAUAAACAAGCUUGGAAGUCAGAUAAUUAAACUGACAGUUGCAGAACUGGAAGGAAAAAGAGGAGGCGCUCCUGUGGGGGAGCAGAACGUGGGAGUUGAAGCAGAGCUUAAUGAUUCAUCAGAGGCAGAGUUCCCACUUUCCAGCCCUGAUCCAUCUGACCCUACAGAUCCCUCAAACUCUGAGAAUGAACGAACAGGUGAAACUGAGGCCCUGAAAGACAAUGACAAAACCUUAGAGAGAGAUUGUGAAAUUCCAAAUGAAAGAGGGGAUCAAAAUAGCAGCACCAUGGAUGUGGUGUGUACUGAGGAUGCUGGAAGGCAUGGAGGGCUCAGUGUUAAAACUGCAGACACAAAUAACAGCUUUGAGGAGCUCUCUGAAUCUGAAAACAAGAAACCAUCUGAUGCUGAUGAAAACCGUGAAUAUUUGGAUAACAGUUUGGCUUGAGGUAUGAAAUCCAGGCCCUCAAGCAUCUCACUGUAAUCCUUGUGCAGUGUCUGUGCUGUUGCAGAUAUGAUCAGUGAAAUAUUGUGCUGUAGGGUUGAUUAUUUUAUACUGAACUGUUAGUAAUUCUUUUAAAAAGAUGUUUUUCUGUUAAUUCUGACUGUAGCAUACCAAAACUGUAAAUUACUGAAGGGAAAGAAUUAGUGAUGAGGUUUAUUCAUGUUGGUUUUUUGUAGUCAUUUGAAGUUUCUAUAUAGAUUGAUGUAAUUUACAUUAGUGUAGUAAAGAGGCCAGUGAUAAUGAUUUAUCUUGUUAUCACCAGGCUCCUGAAACAUGUAUGGUCCUAGUGCUGGACUGUAUUUUAAUGCUGAGAAAUGUCUCUCAAGGAUGAAAAAUUUGGAGUGAUAAAUUGAGAAGCAUCUUAAGGCUGCGAGCUUUUGCUUCUUUCUCAGACUAUGUUCUGUUUCUGUUUACAUCAGUGACUGUCAGUACAUCCUUAGAAUAAGAUCACUAUUCCCUUACAAGAAGUUUCUGAAAACCAUCCCUGCAUGUAUACAGUUGUCUCAUUACAAACCUUUAUACCUUUGUAUGUUGUCAACUGUACAAAAUUUUUCCUUUCCUCUCCCAGCUCAUCUCAUGAAAAUGAAGCAAGUUAUUUCACCAGAUACUGAGAGCCCAGUUUAAUGAAGCUCUGAAGGAAAUAUCAUCAGAGAAGGCAGAAGUCUUACUGUGAGAAACAGCAAUGCUGUUCUAAAGCAAAGAAAACAGCAAGAGGAGAACCAGUGAUGUCCUGUCCAGCUAUCUGGCUGUCAGUUUCUGGAAUUGCAUUCCUCUACUUACAGGAACUGCAAGGGGCCCUUGGGCCUAGUUAAAGGUGAUAGGUUUCAGCCUACUCUAUCUGUGCUUUUCUUUCUAAAGGAAUUGUCUUUUUAAAUUUCUUUUUACUUGGAAUAGAGGAUAACUAUUCCUUUCCUCCUCAUUUCACCAGUCUAUGGCAUGGUAGAAGAAUUAUUUGCAUUGUUGCCACUUUUAAAACUUCUUAUCUUGAAGAGGUUUAGUCAUAGAAAAACAUUGCUAUAGUAACUGGGAGGAAAGGGAGCUGCAGUGUCAUUCCCUAGCUUGGCCCUGAUGCUGGAGCUGUGCCACUCUGCUUCUAGGAAGGCAGCAACGAGGGAAUGCUUAAGGUUGAAGUUAGCAGCUGUUGAGGAAGGGGAGGCAGGUCUUUCCUCUCCUGUUUGUAGCAUAAGGAAUAGUCUCUGCAGCUGUGGAGCUUCUAUGGGCCAGCAGCCAUCAAGGCAAUUUUUCUGCUGGCUUGGGACCUAAUUGUCUGUAAAUGUUCAUUUCUCACUCCCAGAACUUGAAACCAAUCAGAGAAAAUUAAAGCAAAUUUAAUAAAAUACUACUAAUAAAAAGGAAAAUCCCUCCCAGAUUGGGUACUUCUUUGACAAAUAACUGCCAGCUGCAAGUUUUUACAGCCCACUUGUCAGCUACUGAAUAAAGAGAGUUUAUAUUAGCAGUACUGACAAACUCCUCUGUAUGUGUAAGAUGAGCUAGCAGGUGGUGCCAUAGUCAAGGUGUCAGAGCCCAUGAAUGGUUUGUAUUCAGCAGAAGAAAGGCUGUAUGUAAAUUAUUACAUAUAAAUAUAAGGAGUGAUAGCUGGAAGGUGAAAAAUAUGACUUGUCUCUGUUCUCAUGUGUUUUCCCUCGCAGGUACAUUUGGGUAACCCUUUCGGUGUCUUUCUGCAGGAUACAAAGCCAUACUUACAGUGCUCUUCAAAUCUGUGUACUUUGUCUUUAAGGGUAAUUGGACAUUGUAACAUUCCACUGAUGUUAAGCAGCAGCCCUUAGCAACAACAGUUAUAUAAAUAGUUAAGCGUAUUAGGGACAUGAAGCAUUAAAAAGUUUUUAUUUUGUUAUCUUGCUCACCAUUAAAAUUCCUCAUUACCUGUAAAAAACCCAAGAGUUUGUUUGAAAGUGCUAAGCUGUUCCCAGUAAUUGUAACUGACUGCAUUACUGACUCAUUUUUGUGACAGUCAGAAGAAAAAUAGCUCCAGAAACUAAAUUUUUUUUCCUCUAAUGCCUGAAUGUCACAUGAAGUAGCAUUUUGUUUGAGAUGUAUUUUUUCCAUCUUUCACAGACUGAUCCUUGCACAGCGCUAAGUAUCAAUGCAGUCAGAACUGAGGCAAGCAAAUAAGAAGGUCAAGAUUUCAUGUGUUCAGUUCAGAUAUGCUGAGGGUCUUUUCCUAUUUCCCUGUCCUGUGUCUUUCCUGACGCAGAGAUGAGAGUCAUUUUGCUCACAGUCCCUUAACAGUCCCAGUUAAUGCUAUUAGUUAAUGGAGAGCUUGGUGUAAGGUUGAAGCAGUGCUGGAUCAACAGCUUUUUAGUGCUUCAUUUGCUGAUUCUUUUCAGAAUGUCUUUUCUGUGAAAGCAUACUGAUGUACAACCCAGCAAUUAGGGCGUGUUGGUUAUUGUCCUCACACCAUUCUUCCUAGAUGCCAUUUUUAAACCUUUGCAAUCACUACAUUCCAGUAAGAUACACAGAUCUCUGAACACCUCAUUUCCAGUGUGAUGCCACUGCUGCAAUAGUGGCCCUCUCCCUUCUCUUCUAGCAGAUGUGUAUUCCAGCUACAUUUUUAGCUUUCCCCCAGGAACACAAGACUUCAAAGCAAGGAGACUUGUAAAAGUAAGACAUUGUUGCUGCACUAGGUGAUAAGUAAUUAAAUAUUCUUGUGAGUAUCUUCCUUGGAAUACUUUAAUUGAUAUUGUUGUGCUAAUACAACAAUUUUUUCCCCAGUAAAUUUAACUAGCGGGGUUUUUUUGUGGACUCGACUCUACCUUAGAUUUGGAGGAGUGGUUUUGUUGUUUUGUUUUUUAGGAACUGUGUUCCCUUUUUCUACUACUUUAGAAGUGCAGAAAUCAAACCAGACAUGUAGGCCUUUUUGGUGUUGGGCUUUGGGGAAACAAACUGGGAAGGGAAUUUUGUGGCAGGAGUAUGGAGAAGCUCAAUUUCACAAACUUUUUUAAGGAGUUUGUCGUACCUAAAGGUGAAGUCAUGCAUUAUCUGUGGGAAGGAUUGCAUUUAAAAGGAUGAUGAUGUGGUUAUUGGAAAAAUAAUGUUCACUGAAUUUGUAAAAUAAGUGUGUGAAAAUGACAGAUUAAGAAGCAUCUUUUAGAAUGCUGCUUCUUUUCUAAGUGAGACUAUUUUUAAGCAUAUGGGAAUUUGUAUAAUAAAGACAGUGGAAUUUCUUUAAUCCCUAUGAGCUCAGGAAUGUAUUUCAAAAUCUUAACUGAGAUUGCGCUGAAAAUCUGCUACAUUUCUAAGAGACAGCAUUUUGUUUACAGGCUUCUGUUUUGUAGUUUGCUUUCUAAAUUAUGCAGUUUAAUUUAUUUGCAAACCAGUCUUUUGUUGCUGCCUGGAUUAACAGCACAACGUGGUUAAACUCUAUUAAUAAAUUUUGUCAUCUUUAAUAAAAACAUUUCCUGAUAUA